AUGUCUGGUGUUCAAGAAAAAAAUAUCGAUAUCGAACAAGUCGGUCAAAAUGGUGCCGCCCAAGGAAACUUAACUGAAGGUGGUAACACUGCAUUCCACAAUUAUAUUAACGAUUUUGCUCAUAUUGAAGAUCCUUUAGAAAGAAGAAGAUUAGCUCUAGAAAAAAUUGAUGAAACUAGUUUCGGUUGGUUACAAAUUAGAACUAUCUUAGUCGCAGGUGUCGGUUUCAUGACCGAUUCCUACGAUAUUUUCGCUAUUAACAUUGGUAUUGCAAUGCUUUCGUACGUCUUCUGGCAAGGUAAUAUGCCAGCUUCUACUACUACUCUAUUAAAGGUAUCUACUUCUGUAGGUACUGUUAUCGGUCAAAUCGGUUUCGGUUGUGCCGCUGAUAUUUUAGGUCGUAAGAAAAUUUAUGGUGUUGAAUUGAUCGUCGUUAUUGUUACUUGUGUCUUACAAUGUUCCAUUGGUACUGCCCCAGGUAUCAAUUUCGUCGCCGUUUUAACUUUCUACAGAAUUAUCAUGGGUAUUGGUAUCGGUGGUGAUUAUCCAUUAUCUUCUAUUAUUACAUCUGAAUUCUCUACCACUAAAUGGAGAGGUGCCAUUAUGGGUGCUGUUUUCGCUAAUCAAGCUUGGGGUCAAAUUAUGGGUGCAAUCAUCGCUUUGAUUACAGUCGCUGCCUACAAGAAUGACUUGAAACAUGCCAACUCUGGUGCUGAAUGUGACCACAGAUGUCAAAAGGCUUGUGACCAAAUGUGGAGAAUCCUGGUCGGUUUCGGUGCUGUCCCAGGUAUGUUAGCUUUAUACUACAGAUUAACAAUUCCAGAAUCCCCAAGAUAUCAAUUAGAUAUCAACACUGAACACGCUGACGUCCAAAGAGUUACCAUUAACAACGAAACUAAACUAGACCACAUUGACUCCUCUGAUGCUCAUUCUGAAAACUUAGCUGCUUCUAUCUACCACGAUGAAGAAAGAAUGAUUGAACAAAUGUACGGUGAAGAUUCCGUUGCUCCACCAAAGGCCUCCUUCAAGGAUUUCUGCCAUCAUUUCGGUCAAUGGAAAUACGGUAAGAUUCUUUUGGGUACUGCUGGUACUUGGUUCAUGCUUGAUGUUGCAUUCUACGGUCUAUCUCUAAACUCUGCUGUUAUUUUACAAACAAUUGGUUACGCUGGUUCUCAUAAUGUCUAUCAAAAGCUUUACGACUCCUGUGUUGGUAACUUGAUCUUAAUCUGUGCUGGUUCUUUACCAGGUUAUUGGUGUUCUGUUUUCACCAUUGACACAAUUGGUAGAAAACCAAUUCAAAUCAUGGGUUUCAUCAUGUUGACCAUCUUAUUCUGUAUUAUUGGUUUUGCUUACGACAAAUUAACUGACCACGGUCUAUUGGUUUGUUACGUUUUCUGUCAAUUCUUCUGUAACUUUGGUCCAAACGUUACUACUUUCAUCAUUCCAGGUGAAAUUUUCCCAACUAGAUACAGAUCUUCUGCCCAUGGUAUCUCUGCCGCCUCUGGUAAGAUUGGUGCCAUUAUUGCACAAACUGCUCUAGGUACCUUGAUCGACCACAACUGUGCUAAGGACGGUAAGAAGAAGAACUGUUGGUUACCACAUGUUAUGGAAAUUUUUGCUUUGUUCAUGCUUGUUGGUCUAUUGAUGUGUUUCCUAGUUCCAGAAACUAAGAGAAUGACUCUAGAAGAAAUUGCUGAAAAAUACCAUGAUGAAGUUGAUCCAUCCAAGGCAAACAGACAACGUCUAGAAUCCGAAUCGGAAGAAGCCAGUGACAGACAGUAA